UUCUUGUUAAUGUUUAUUAAAAAAAAAAACUAGUGCAACGAAGUAAAUGUGACAUUGUCACUUGGAUGUCAAUUAUUAAAAAUGAAUCGGUUGCGAUUUAUGUUUAUAGUUUCAACAAUUGCGUCUGUAGUCACAAAUAUCGGGGUGAUUGGGUUCGAAAUUUACGAAAUUGUUUUGGACCAAAAUGAAGAAAAAAAGAAGCAUGGGUCUAAAGGUAUUGUAAUCACUCACUUAUUUGUGUCCCUUUCGAUGCAGUUUUGCUGCAACGCUGUUAUCCUGAUUCACAUCUUCUACAUAGCCUAUUAUGUCCUUCGAAACACUAGGUAUAACUGGGAACUCAGUUGCCACUAUUUCACCUACAUCGUGCUAGAAAUUGUUUCAGUGGUCUGUGUUAUUGGUAAAUACGACUACUUGCAUUAUCCUUUGGCACUGCAUAUCCUGACGGGGGUUUUAUUUGUCAUGCUUUUCUUUUUUAACUGCUGGGCGGUGGAACUUUUCGACGACUUGGAAAUGAAGCUUCGGCAGGAACGAGCGGACCAGAAGCUCAAAGUGAAAGUAGGGGGAAAAGGAAAAGAUCAGAGAACUGGAUGUGUCAGGAUUCCUUUGCACGGAGCUAACGUGAACGCGGGCGCGGGCACGAGCAAACCUCCUCCGAAAAAACCCUAAUCCGAUUUGUAUUUAUCAUUUGUACCGAAUAAUUCGAAUUAAACAUGAUAAGAAAGAAGAUAUUCAAAUUAUUUUUAAAUUACAAGUUCUGAGAAGCAGAUUGUCAGGGUAAACCCCGUCGCGUUUGCAAUCCGGUUCAGUUGGUCUUGAACUGCGGCCAUUCCAACAUUCAGCCGAAAUGUUCGCAUCAUUUUACGCCAAACUUAUUUUCAUCGUUCUGGUGUCUCUAUUUAAACAAAUCAACUGUAAAUGCGUACAAUCGUAUGCAACAAUCUGUGACACCAUCGAAGAUGUCGAACAGCUCAGUGAUAAAGCAAGUUUCAUGGACAUCAUAGUCGGAAACGUAACACGUCGUGCCAAUCCGCUGAAAUCAUACGACUUGUAUGAGCUCAUUCCUUUCAAAAAACUCAUGUCUCUGACAAUCAUCGGCCAGCUCGACCGGAUUUCCCCACUCGCCAUGAGAUGCGAAUUUGACUACGAAUUAAAAGUGCUGAAUUUUUACAACAAUGACAUCAAGAAACUCGAAAAGUGGUCGAUCCCGAACUUAACCCUCCAAAAAGUUAGCCUAGUUAACAAUAAUAUUGAAGUUAUAGAGCCCGGAGUGCUUUCCCUCGGAAGUAAAAUCGAGAUAAUGGACCUAUCUGAUAAUAAAAUUGAGGUAAUCGAAAAUUUUGUUUUUCGUUUUUGGUUCAAGGGAGCUGGAGUUACGAAGACGCUCAUUUUGCGGAAUAAUAGGAUUUCAUACAUCCAAGUCAACAGUUUUCCAGAAACUCUCAAAAUACUUUAUUUGGAUGGAAACAAACUGAGGGAAAUCCAGGACGGGGUCAUUCAGCCUUUGAGCGAACUACUGGAGCUUAGUCUGAGUCGGAACCAGCUCUACAAAGUCCCCAACUUAUCAAACGCCACCCAACUGCAGUUUUUGAACCUCUCGUUCAAUAAUCUCGAAACGGUUAACAACGCCACGUUUCAAAAUCUCACAAGAAUUUCACUGAUCGACCUCAGUAACAAUAAAAUAAAGGAGAUAUCGUUCGCUUACUUCUCGUAUUUGAUCAGAAGACGUGUCCCGUUUGUGUUAUCGCUUGGUUUUAAUGAAAUGAUGGGGUUCGAUUUUGGUAACGUUACAAGGAAUUUUGAAAACAAUGUUGAGUUAUUCCUGUAUGGAAAUCCCUUUGGUUGCAAGGAAUUUGAUAAAAUUCAGGUCGCUAUGAAGGAUUUGAAAAUCAAACAAAAUGCGUGUGAUGCUAAAUUUCACAGUGAAGGGAAAACCCCCUACUGUCUUGAUUACCAAAUAAUACAACCAUGGGAUCUCCCCUAUCCAGUCAAGCAGUUCCUCAAGUCAAUUGAAAAUAACAGAAAAUUGAUUUCUUGCUCGUUAUAUCCAGUGCAUUAUAUCAACCAGUUAGGUGUUUCUUGUGUUGCGUAAAUCCUAAUAAAAAAUUAUACGUU